CGCUCAGCGGUGAGAAGAGGACGGCCCAUCGACGAGGUGAGGGGGCUCACAGAGGUGUGCAGCUAUCGUUAGCACAGACGAAGAGUGAAGGCAGCUGCAGACAGACAGACACAUACAUAGACGCACAGUGACACCGAGCCAUGGUAAAGAUCAGUUUCCAGUCUGUCGCGGGACAGAAAGUGGAAAAGGAGAACGAUGGCGACAAGACCGAAAUUCUCAUUCCUCAUCCGAUGGAUGAGGAGGAGCUGGUCCUGCCACUGCGACCCAAGAAGUCUCUCCUCAACGGCCUGUGCUGCCUGACAUUUGGCCUGGUUGUCUUCAUGGCUGGUCUGGUUCUUGCUUCCAUCUAUGUCUACCGCUACUACUUCAUACCUCAUAUCCCAGAGGAGAACCUGUUCCACUGCCGGGUGCUUUAUGAAGACUCUGUGUACGCCCCACUGCGUGGGCAUCAGGAGCUGGAGGAAAAUGUUGGCAUCUACUUGGCCGACAACUAUGAGAGGAUCACUGUGCCUGUGCCUCACUUCGGAGGCAGCGACCCUGCUGACAUAAUCCACGACUUCCACAGAGGACUGACCGCCUACCAUGACAUUGCUCUGGACAAGUGCUACGUUAUUGAGCUCAACACGACCAUUGUGAUGCCUCCACGCAACCUUUGGGAGCUUCUUAUCAACGUCAAGAAGGGGACAUACUUGCCUCAGACCUACAUCAUCCAUGAAGACAUGGUGGUGACCGGCAAAGUGCACAACAUGCGUCAGCUGGGACCCUUCAUCUACCGCCUGUGCAACGGGAAGGACACGUACCGUCUGAACCGGCGUGUCACCCGCAGACGCAUCAACAAGCGUGAGGCGAAAGACUGCCACCACAUCCGUCACUUUGAGAAUACAUUUGUGGUGGAGACCGUUAUCUGCGAUGAAGCGUAAACACGCUGGUUACACGUGUCAUCCCUCCCACCCAAAGGCACAUCUCCAGUCACUACCCCAGCCACUGUAGCACCCUCCGGUGGAUCAGAUCAUGUCUGAGUUGCACUUUACAUGUGAUUUUGGUUUGAUGUCCUUUAUAAAAAAAAUGUUAACUAUCUACCUGUUUUUUUUUUUCUAUUUCCCAUAGGUAAUAUUUACCCUGAAGUGUGAUGCAAUACUAAGCUGUUGGUUCUAUCACAGGAUUUUCCAUGUAGCAGAGUCCUUAAGCCAAUAAUGAAUUAUAAUUUCAAGACCUCUCUUCUUGCUCUUUGGGGAUUUAUAUCAUGGUUACUGUCGUUGGGAGGUGACUGUUUUUCUGUUGUUUUUUUUUCCUUCCCUGGAGGUUUCUUUGUGUCUCUUAGUUCUGCUAACACAGUCUAAGCAUGAAGUCUUGCUUUCCUGUGCCAACAUUAUCCAUAGGUUUCAACUAUUAUCUUUUUUUCUCAUGUUCUCAGUACUGUAAACAUGUAAUUGCUGAUGACCAGUUGCUUGCUUGCAUCUUAAUCCUCUUGCCUGUGGCUUCCUUGUCCCCUUUCUGCUUUUUAUUUCCUUCUUAAAAAGCAUCAGUAAGUAGUAGAAUUGCAUUGGGCUUUAGGCUGCAUUCACUUUUUUUGUGUAAUAUUCCAUCGUUGAAUUGAAACUGGUGAAGACCCAUAUACAUUUUUGUUGCUCUCAUUUGUCAUCAGCUUUUUCUUUUAUUGUGCUUUUUUUUUGCUCUUCAGAAGCUCCUUAUCUCUGCAUUUGUGCACUGACAUUAUUUCACAAUAAUGUCUUUGUUUUUCCUUGCAUGUGUUGAUCUAUAAGAGAAAAACAGCACUGUUAGAAUGUUUUGUAAACCAACGUUUAAAGCCUUAGUCCAGAGUCAGGCUGGACUAAAGUUAGUACUACUGAAAGGGAGCAUAUAAUAUGAGAUGUUAAACAAAACCAACUCUGAUCUGUAUAUUUUGUCUGCCGAUGAAAUCUGUCUGUGAUUAAAGUAGUAAAAAAAACUAGUAUCUGUUAAUGCUUUACUUAAUCUAAACCCCCAAAAAACCUUUGGCAAAAUGACCCAAUGAUAUUGUUGUACUAUAAGAUGUAUUCACUAUAGUUUACAUUAAUAUUCCUAAUCUAUGUAAAACAUGUUUAUUUGUUCAUAUAAUAUUAGAUCAAUGUAUCAUGUUCAUUUGUUUAUUUAUUGUUAUGUUUAUGUUUAGUAUCAAACCAGUUAAACAGAA